GGAGCUUUAACCUUCGCCCCUCGGUGAUUUGUCAAGCUGUCUACUUUGGCGAGUUCCUGAGGUUUCCCUAAGUCUGGUGCAGAUGGAAACCAAGGAAGCUUUUGGAAAAGAGAACAUGGGGACCAAGAAAAAGAAUUUGACCUUUCUGAGACAGAGACUCUACAUGUUAGAGAGGAGGAAGACAGACACUGUUGUGGAGAGCAGUGUUGCUGUGGACCAUAGUAACUCCGGCCCUUUGAGACGGAGCCAGUCUGACAGAACUGAAUACAACCAGAAAUUGCAAGAAAAGAUGACACCACAAGCUGAGGCCUCCGCACCUGGGCCCACAGCCCAGGAUGAACAGCAGCAGAUAAGGAAAAUGAUGGCAAAGAGGUCGAACAUCAUCAAGGAACUGAUACAGACGGAAAAGGACUAUCUCAAUGACCUGGAGCUAUGCAUUAGGGAGGUAGUUCAGCCCCUGAAAAAUAAGCAGAUUGAUAGGUUUGACGCGGAUGGCUUGUUUAGCAACAUCCAAUCGGUGCAUCAGAUAUCAGCCAAGCUCCUGUCAUUGCUGGAAGAAGCCACGACAGACGUGGAACCAGCCAUGCAAGUAAUCGGGGGAGUCUUCUUGCAAAUUAAAAGCCCACUCGAAGAUAUCUAUAAAAUCUACUGUUAUCACCAUGAUGAAGCCCACACUAUGCUCGAGUCCUAUGAAAAGGACGAAGAACUAAAACAGCACAUGACACACUGUAUCCAGUCCUUAAAGAAAAUAUACCUGGAAGAAGGCAAAUCCAACCUGCUGGAUAUGGGAUCCCUGCUCAUCAAGCCGGUUCAGCGGGUCAUGAAGUAUCCUUUACUGCUCUGUGAGCUGCGGAACUCCACACCUCCUUCUCACCCAGAUUACAGAGAACUGGAGGAUGCCUUAGCCGCGGUGAAAGACAUUAAUGUGAACAUCAACGAACUUAAAAGGAGGAAAGAUUUGGUCCUGAAAUACAAGAAGAAUGAUGAAGAUGAAUCCCUCAAAGACAAGUUUUCCAAACUGAAUAUCCAUUCAAUUAGCAAGAAAUCCAAAAGGGUGACUAAUCAUCUAAAGAUUUUGACCAGAGGAGAAUCUCAGGUGAAAGACAGCACCUUUAACAGAGAAGAAAAACUGUUUAGACAUUUAGAAAAGACUGUGAGGAAUUGUGUGAAGAACAUUUCAUUCUGCCUUCAACACAUCCAGGAUGCCAUGCCCCUAGCUGCCCAGACUGUGACAGAGCUGCAUGCCAUUUCCUAUGACAAAGAUGCUAAGGGCAGUGACUCUUCAGCUCCCCUGAGCAAGACCCCAAACCCCUGUGAAGACUUUGUGGCUCACUUACACAGGCUGGUCCUGACCCCACUGUCGGCCCUACAGUCCUUAUUCCCAGGACCUCAGAAACUCAUCCAGAAGCGCUACGACAAGCUGCUGGACUACAAUGGCUACCUGCAGAGGUCGGCAGGUGACGACUCAGACCUGGCCAGGAAGGACUAUGAAGCUCUUAACGCCCAGCUUGUCGAGGAGCUCCAGGUGUUCAACCAAGCUGGUCGGCAGGUCCUGCUAAACUGUCUCUACUGUUUCAUCACCCUCCUCAGGGAUCUGAUGCUUAUGGCCCUGAAGCUGUAUUCCACAGGCAUGCCAUUAUCAUUGCUCCCAGCCAGCAUCAGUGAAGCUCAAAAUCGGGUGAUAGAAGAGGUCCAUAGCCUGAAUUUUGUAAAGGACAACAGUGCUACUUUUAUUGAAAGGAAGCUGAGCUUUGAAAAGAAGAAACCUGUGCCCACUUUGUCGGAGAUACCCCGUCAGACCGAAAACCACCGCUCCCAGCUUCUAGCAUCCUACAAUCUGGAGGCUCUCUACCAAGCAAAGCGCAGGUGUAAUGCUACACAGGAACAUGACAUCGACCUUCUGGAAGGGGACCUGGUGGCUGCCAUGGAGCAGAAGGAUCCCUUGGGCAGCACAAGCAGGUGGCUGGUUGACACUGGGAUUGCAAAAGGCUAUGUCUACUCUUCGUUCCUGAAGCCCUACAAUCCAGCCAAGGUGCAGCAGGCAGAUGGGGAGCACAGGUUCUGUGAGGAGGACUUUGAUAACAUCAGCCUUUUUGUGUCUUCAUGGCCUGCCAGCCACAGCGUCACACAAACUCGGGAAGAGAGCACAAGCGACAGCAGCUCCUCUCUCAACGGCAUAUGUGGAAAACAUGAAGCUGAUGGGGCUGACACUGACUCUCUCCAGGAUGGGGACGAGCAGAUAUUCUAUGCGGUUCAUGCAUUUCAAGCCCGAAGCGAACAUGAGCUCAGCCUCCAGGAAUACCAGCGGGUUCACAUUCUUCGAUUUUGUGAUCUGAGUGGUAAUAAGGAAUGGUGGCUAGCUGAAGCUCAAGGAGAGAAGGGAUACGUGCCCGCCAACUACCUGGGAAAGAUGACAUAUGCUUAGAAAGGCAGGCUCUUGGAGAAUUGUUUUAGUUUUCUGUCCAAUCAAGCGAUCGACUACCUCUUACAUAUCUGACAUGAAGUUACCAGGACAAGAAGGUAUAUCAAACACCAAAGAAAUAAUCAUCCCGCUACUAAGACUGGUGCCUUGCCAGUGACUAAGGAGAUACUGGCAAGAUCAGCUCAGAAGUGCAUCUUGAGGCAUAUCUGUGUUGAAGUAAAUACUAAGUCAAAAUUUAAUGUAAAAAAAUUGAUGUACCCACCAACUCUUUGUAUUCCACUUCUUCAGGAACUUUUUUUUUAACCAAACAGACUUUAUAGGAAUAAUCUUAAGAAAGGAGCACUAUGUCCUGUUGUAAUUUUUAAAGGCUGAAUCUACAUGAGGUUAGCUUUUCCCCAAACUGAUUUAUUUCUAGAUUUCUAGCUGUAAAGGGGCCUAGAGAGCAUAUAGUGCCAUCUUCCUCAUUUUACAGAUGAGGAAACUGAGACCCAGAGAAAUGAAGUAAUUUGUUCAAGAUUAUAGAUGUUCUAAAUUCCAGUCAAGAUUUGUGACUGGGUCUACUGCACCACAUUGUUCCACCCAAAACCCAAAACAUCUCCUCAGGGUUAUUGGUCAUAGUCAGGGCAUUAAAAAAAAUUAAGGUAAAAUAGACCGGUCAACAGUCAAUCAAAAUUAACAGUGGAAAAGCUUUGGGGGAAAAAAUGAAAAAUUAAAACACUGCUGCCCAUACAAAGCAAGUGUAGUCAAUGGAUCCUUGAUGUCUUGUGAAUUACCAUACCUAGUGAGAAAGAACCAACAUUUACUCUAAAUCCCUUUUUUCAGGAUAUAUGUGUACAGUUAUAUGUACACAUGCAAACACACACAUACUUUUUUUUUUCAAAAUAAAAUGCUAUUAGGGAUCAACCUUUCAUAAUAUGAACUCAGAAAAAGUAGUAGUUCUUAAGCUAAUUUAAUUAAACAAUUUUUUUCUAAUUACUUUGUAAAAGUGUUUUCAUCAUAUUCUUUCCUAUAAAUAUUUAGAAAACAUGAUGGCUUUAAAACUUUAAACUUAAAAAACUGAUGAAACCUCAGUGAAAAACAGUAGAGAAUUUGGAAAAAUUUAAAUGAGAAAGAAAGAUAUGUUGCCUGAACUGAACGAAGCCUUAAAUGUCAUUAUUUGCCCAUUUGUUCUUGUAUGUGGUUGGCUUUGAGGGUUGUUUUUACUGUAAACAAACAUCCUUAGUCAUUGGAUCUUAUCCAGUACAGUGGAAAGAACUUUGGCUCUGGAGUCAGAGGAUGUGAGUUCGAAUAUUACCUCUCUAGCUUACUUCCUGUAUGAACGUGGGGGAGUCACUUAACUUCCCUAGGCCUCUGUUUCCUCAUGCAUAAGAUGAAGAAGUUAGUUUAAAUCACUUCUAGCUCUAGGUCAAAUGAUAAAUCACAUGACAAAUCAUAAUGAUGUGAUCAUAUGACAUAUGAUAAUAUGAUAAUCAUAUAAUAAAUAGGUCUGUUCUUUGGGAUUUCAUCCCUAUUUGAUCAAGGUACUUCAUAGAAGUACUAAUGUAGGCUUUUGGAAAAUACAUGAUUUCGAAAUCAGUUUAAAUUUGGCCAUUUAUUUGAUGCUUUUGUUUGACAUAUUAUAAGAAGUUUCAUUGGCACCAAAAAUUUACUAACUGAAUGUUAAUUUUCAACA